AUGUGUAAGCGUUCGAGCCGGCUGCCUGUCGGAGGCGGUUUGACAGCUCGCUGGGUACUCACAGCCGGGGCGCGCGGGCGGAGUACCGCGAGAGCCACGGCGCCCCGCACUCACGACAUCGCCGUCCGACAACGACCCCACUACUCUAGACAAUGCAUUCAUUGGAGCACGUGGUUGUCGCGUGUCCUGGUCACGGUCAUGACAAUCGACCGAGCACACAGCACGCAUGCGUGGAACACACCAGGGUACCCUCGGGGAGUUUACUUCAUCUGCACAAGCCACAACCCUACAGCAUACUAA